UUGCGAGUCAUUUUAAUUUAAAGAAAGAAGAUGUCUACUGUUGCGUGUUUUAUUGUAAACCAUGACAAGAUGGCUGCCUAUUACGGGUAGUCGUGCUCGCGGAGCAAACGUCAUUCAUGCCGCGCGUACGAUUUUGUAAAACAGACUACUCUCUUUCGCUUGUCGUGCACUCCGAAAAACGCGUGAAAUGGAGCUCUUUCGCACAGACACACAUUUUAUUUUCGUCAAGGAUCAAGAGAGCCUUUGGUAUGACAAAUACACUGGCGAAUUCUCAGUGAAAUCGGAUUGGGAAUGGGCAACAGCCAAUGAUCCAGAAUGCCUUGGAAUGUUUUAUGGGAUUGUUGGUAAAAUCGAGCAAGUCUCGGUUUUGGAACCACGUCUAAUGCUUAUAAAAGAAGUGUCAACCGUAGGUGAAUUACAUGGUGGGCACAGAGUAUAUAAAAUUAAGUCUAUUGCAUUUUUGCAUCUGGGUUCAGAAAAUGGAGAUAUUGGCUUAUUACCUUGUAAAAAACAUCAACACGCUUCAAAAAAGAAAGGCGUAAGUGCCUUGUUUGAUGUACCACAGAAAGUAGGAUUUGCCAAAACAUGGGGCACAAUUAAAAGUGCCACAAAUACAAUAAAAAAUACCACUCAACAUGCAGCUGCUCUGGCUACAUCACAGGUCAAAUCUACAGUUAUAAAAAGAAGUGGAGGUAAAGAUAAAGAAAGAUUUGAGAAAAGAAUUCUUGAGGAAUUGGGUAAGAUCUUCACAGAAACUGAUUCAUUCUUUUUUUGUGAAACUGGAGAUAUUACUAACAGUUUACAAAGGCAAUGUGUUAGUGAACAAAAUAAAGAAUCUGGGGAUCAAAUGAAACCUCUCUGGCAGAGAGUCGAUGAUAGAUUCUUUUGGAAUAAACACAUGUUGCAAGAUAUAAUUAAUUUAAAAUCAGACUGUUGGAUACUACCUAUAAUACAGGGAUACGUUCAAAUUGAAAGAUGUAAAGUCGAAGUUGGCUACGAUGGACUACCACAAUACGAAAUCUUUAACUUAGCUAUCAUUUCUAGACGAAGUAGAUUUCGAGCAGGUACUAGAUAUAAGAGGCGUGGUGUAGAUGAAGAUGGAAAGUGUGCAAAUUACGUUGAAACCGAGCAACUAGUUUGGUAUCAUGAUCACCAGGUUUCAUUUGUACAAGUUCGUGGAAGUGUACCAGUAUAUUGGUCUCAACCUGGUUAUAAAUACAAACCACCACCACGGAUAGACAAAGAUGAGGCUGAAACGCAAGUAGCUUUUGAAAAACAUUUUACUGAGGAACUCGAAAAAUACGGUCCAGUAUGUAUUAUAAACUUGGUCGAACAAGCAGGAAAGGAAGGAAUUAUUUGGGAAGCUUAUAGUAAUCAUGUACUGAAUUAUAAUAAUCCAGAUAUUACUUAUGCUACAUUUGAUUUUCAUGAAUAUUGUCGCGGAAUGCAUUUCGAAAACGUGUCAAUUUUGGUAAACUCCUUGGCAAAUGUAUUGACAGACAUGAGUUACUGUUGGCGUGAUAAGCAAGGCACUAUUUGUAUGCAGAAAGGAGUUUUUCGCGUAAACUGCAUAGACUGCCUAGAUAGAACAAACGUCGUUCAAACAGCACUGGGCAAAGCCAUAAUGGAAAUACAAUUCUCAAAAUUGGGUCUGGUACCACCGGAAGGAACUCUUCCCACUAACAUUCGUCAGACUUUCCAAUUACUUUGGGCAAAUAAUGGUGACAUUAUUAGCAAACAAUAUGCUGGUACUAAUGCUUUGAAGGGCGAUUAUACAAGAACGGGCGAAAGAAAAUUUACAGGGUUAAUGAAAGAUGGAAUGAACUCUGCGAACAGAUAUUACCAGCAACACUUUAUGGACGACAUACGUCAGGCGGCGAUAGACACCUUGCUAGGCUACCCCAUCAACGUCGAUCAACUAAACGACGAUUGGUCGCACUACUUAGACGUUCUUGAUAAUUGCUGUCUCGAACUCAUUCCCAUAAAACCACCAAAUAUACAACUUCAACUAGCUACCUUGCCAGACUUUCUCUAUAUCUCUGCUAUGUAUCAUAUAGCAAGGUAUUAUCUAAACCGCUUCAAGGAUGUGUACAGACAGGCCACCAUUGACAUGAUGUUAGGCAAUACAGUCUCUGAAGAAAUAUUUCAGGAACGUACUGAGGAGGAGGAUAAUGCAGCAACAGCAGUGCAUGUCAAGCUACUCAUUGAAGACUGUAAAAAGCUACUCAUCCCUGAUCCUGAAUUCAUUUUGGGUAGCUGGGGGUUGAUAGAUGCCGACCCUGUUACUGGCGAUCCAACCGAAACAGAAAUGGAUACCAUCUUGAUUUUAACACGUGACAGCUACUACGUAGCGGAUUACGACGAUCAAAUUGAUAAAGUGACUAAUUACCAAAGAAUUCCUUUCAAGGAUAUUGUUCUGAUAGAAUUUGGUCAACCAGAGAGCACUGUUUCUUUAUUUAAGAACAAACAUCAUCAUUGUAUUAGAAUCAAUUACAAGAUUUCUAACGAAUACGGCUACUUUCAUAUGUUUAGAAGUACGAAUUUGCGCUUCUUUAAUAAUAUGGCUGUGGUUAUUAAAACCGAGGAGGAAGCAAUAGAAUCUUUAAAAGCUAUUUGCGAAGCGAUCUCUGUGGCUAUGGAAAUAGCGGGACUUCCAAAAAUUCCAAUAGCGAUGAACGUUGUCUUAGAUAAAAGAAGGAGUAAGCUAGUCAACGUUAAGGGUUCUACUGGUCUCUUAGACAUUUCCUCAUUUCCGGAAUUAACUAGAAACGUGUCCGAAACGCAGUUACUCGCUUUAAAAAGUGCAGGAACAAAAGCAUUGAGCAACAUGUCAGAACAGUUUAGUAAACUAAAUAAGUUCAGCCAUAGUUUUAGCUCGAGAAAACCAACGAAUCUUGCCAAAAGUAUUGACAAUAAAAAAACAGAAAAUUUUCCGAAAGCUACAUUUACAGUGGGUGGCCGUGAUUUGAUUGGAAAUGUAAGUCGCAAGUCUAGUAGUAGUAGCUGUAGCGACGAAGAGAAUAGAGAAAUUAUUCCCAUACAUUUGGAAAGGCCUGAGAAUUUUACUCAUGACAAAAAAUUGAUGGAAGGUUACACGCCAACUGUUGGUAUAAUAAUGGGAGUAAAAAAUCCUUCAUUAAUUCAAAAUGAUGAACGUGCUAGUAACUUGACCACUAAUGAAUUGUCCCGCAUAGUUCAGGGUAACUUUUCCAUUUUACCAAAGAAAGAUCUCGCCGUGGAUGGUUUGAAUCUCAUUCCACUUUCAAACUCAGGCACAAGCAGCCUUAGUGCAUUCCCACAAAAGACAACAGCCAAUACACCAGAAAUAACUAUUCAAAGUGUUAUGGAUUAUGUAUCUGAUGAAAAAGAAAAAUUAAUCCCACCAUCGACUUUGAACCUGCCUAAAAAUAUUAGCCAUUCCUCUGGUGAGGUCGACAACAAGGCGCCAAAUGUGGGAUCGAAGUCCAACACUUUACAAACUGAUAACAAACUUUUGGACAAGAAACGUUCAAAUUCCGAACAAGAUCUGACUUUGAAUAUCACAUCUUCUCAGAGCGAAUCUGCCUUGAAGUCCAUAAAGACUAAUAUUACUAACGUUACAAGUCCCGUAACUGCUACUGCAAAGGACAUUCUGUCGCCAUUUUCAAAAUUCGCAAAAGGCGUUCAAAAUCUGGGCGCCAAUUUAGAUCCCAGGAAAUUGAAACCCGGUCAGGUAGGCCUUACGCGGAAUCUGUCGGACCAUCAUAUAGAAGAAAGGCAGAAAUUGCAAGAAAAAUGGAGCAAAUGCAAGUCACGACUAAUAGCUCUCUAAGACUAAUCUCGUCAAUUCUUCAAAUAUUAUGCUUUAUAAGGAUUUGGUAACGUGAUUACGAGUUCAGUAUUACAAAUGUAACACCUCUGAUUGUAGAGUGAUAUAAUUGAUCGUGAUAAGGGCAAAAUUUUUAAAUAUUUAUAAAUUCAGGCUAAUAUUCGAAAUUUGAGCCUAGGUUAAUUGGCUAUUUAGAAUCGAAGUAGCUAUAAUGCUGUCAUUUCGAAAUCUGUGUAAGACUGCACGAAAAAAAAAAUACAAAACGAAAUGAAACUUCGUCAAAAAUCAUUAGCAUCGAAAAAAAAUACAAAGAUCUAUUAUAGAAAAGUUUGUUAUGCCGUAGAAAAUUAAAGGUCUUAAAUUUCUCAUGGAACUCAAUCAUACUUGCAAAUUAUAUAAUUCUAGAUUCACUCACCUGAGAAGUUAUUUUAAAUACUCUCACUGGAUAUUCAUGGAUUAAAAAUUUGAUUUACAAUUCCAGAUAUAACGUAAUAAGUUACUUACCAAGAAUCAAAUUGGAAAUUGAUUAUCAUUUCAAGCACUAUUCGCAAGCAGACUUUUUUUCAAGAAAUGAUAUUGAAUAUAUUUCCAGAACUGUACCACAUAUAUGAAUGAAUAGAGCAAUAAAAUUAAUCAAGCACGAUUGAUGAUUAGCCAUAAGUGUUAAACCGUUGUACGAUACGAUUAAGCAUGUUCUUUAUUUAUUAGUGUCAAAGGUGUUUUGAUCUCUAAUCACGUUGCUAAAUUGGACAAUCAACUUCCAACAAUGGAAUAUUGUCCUCAAGUACAAGAAGGUCAAUAUUUUUCCUGUAGCGAAUUCUGUUUAUAUUUCUUUUCGAGCUUUUCUACGACGUUCUAAGAACAACCGUACCACUAUGAUCCAAUUUGUGUUCUUGCACGGAAGGUACAUUGCGCCGAGGGCCAAAACUUUCUGCGAAAUGCUUGUAGACGUACUGUUAUGGGAUUAGUAAAAAGGAAGACAGUACGCGUACCAAUUUUAUGAGAUUAAUUCUAAAAUUCUUAGACCAGUGGAUUGUACGAGUGUCUUUGCAGUAAUGGUGUAAAAUCUUGAUAUUAUAACAACAGUGUAAAGAGGAUAUAAAUAGAGCAUCGACCGAACACCAUAAUUAAUUAGUAUAAGGGAUGCAAACAUUCUAGACUGUAAUCCAGAAAUUACACAAUUACUGCACUCGAAACAGGAGCCCUUGCCGCGCAAAUAUAUUUCUUGGCACUUUCUUUCUCAUUAUAAUUUGUACAAGCAGAAGUGUUUCUGUUUAAGAAUUUUUAAAUUACAUAGUGGGUUCAUUGUGUCGCAUUUAAACCGCACGACUUUUAUCUGUUAAAUGAAAUCCAAUGAGUCUACUGUUGCUUAGUGAUUAUUAACCAGAUUUAAUUAGUGCUGCAAGGUCUCCAUGUAUGAGAAGAAAGGAAGCUUUGUAGUCAAUUAUGUAAAUACCCAUAAUUAUUUAAACGUAACGAGUUAAAUUUAACGGAGCAUUAAUAUGGAAGUCACGAGUAGGAUGAAAGCACCAGUUACCAUAGUACCGUAGUUAUUCAAGGUUUCUCAAAACUUUAGACAAGUUUUAAGCGUUGUUUUCAUCGUGCGUACGUUUAUUACUUAUGUAUUUAAUUAUGAAAGUGAAUGAAUUUUGAAAACGCUUUUCAGACAAUACAUACUUCUCUUUUGUAAUGUUUAUGACAAGUAUAAUUUAACAUGACACAAGCUAUCUAUUUUUGCUCAUUGUAUGUUCACUUUAUCGCAUAUACAUAUAUGUUACAUACAACAUAUUGUACAGUAUUAAUUGAAAUUUUCAUUAGCAUGAAACAGUAUUUAUUCCACUUACAUAUAUAUAUAUUAUAUAUACACACUCAUAGCCAGUAGGGCGAUCAGAAUUUUGUCUGCCUUAAUUUCACCUUAAUUGCAACCGUUUCGUCUCGAAUUUAAUUGACAUUACUUAUGAGAGCCAAGAGGAAUUUUUCAUAUACAUGUUGUGUGUGCGUGUAUUAGAAGAAAAAGAAAAUAGAAAGUAAGAUAUUCUCGCGUAUUUGUCCUUUGACGAAUAAGAAAAUGAAAAUAGAUGCAUAUUAAUACUCGUCAUGGCUUUACAUUGCUAAUUUCAAAGUGGCGUCAACGGUUCUGACAUAUGAGAAACUUCAGUGCGGCAAUUAAUUUUAUUCUUAUUUCUUUAGAUUGUUUUAGAUAAUAGUCUGUGAUAGUAUAUUUUUUUUAAGCAGUUUGAAAAACUCAAUGAUUUGUGGCUCAUAGAGCAUAGAAAUUUGUUAAAUUGUGGAACCAAAUGAAAUGUGGGAGAGUCUUUUGUCUGUCAGGUCCGAUGAAUGUGGUAAAGAAUUUCAUCGGCACAGUUAAUGAUACUCAUUAGGUUUAACAAUUUGUGAAGUUUAUGUAAAAGAAGUUUAUGCUUACGUUCAUGUUUGUAUCUCCCGCCAGUAGUUUUAGUGAGCUGGAAUGUUUAUUCCAGAAUUUUAAUCCUUACAGUUAUAACGACGCAAUGUAAGGUCGAGCCUACGAAAAAUAAUGUAAUCUACACGUUAUAUUUCUAGUUACCACCGGCGAAAAUGUAAUUCAUAGUUAGACGCAUUAACCAUAAAGUUUACAUGUGACGUAGAGGCGUUAGAAUGUGCGUGAAGCCUUUUAGAUAUGCAAAUACCUUUUUAGAAAAUUUCGCAAGCGCGAAAUCAUUGAAUCUUUACACAUGACAGUGGAUCGCCGACUUGUCUAACGACGAAGUUCGUAAAAAUUGUAGGAGAAAACCACAAUAAAGCGCGUUACAAGUAUUUGCCAAUUUAAUUUUCAAAUUAGCAUAUUUUAAGCAAAAUGUACAAAACUUAAGCCUACAACAAAUUGAUUUAUUUUAGUCUUAUUUGUACAAGAAAUAAUAUUAAUGAUUGCACUACAGAAAAUUUUGAAUUUUCUAAUUUUUUUUAACAAGCAUGCGCCACGCUUGACCUAAUUUUCGCGCCUCUUUUUAAAUUAAGCGCACGUAAAAAAAAAAAGAUGUUUGUUACGGAAAUUUCAUUUGAUUUUGCGAAUAAUAAUAAUUAUUAAUAUCAGAUAGAUAUCUGUUAAAAUCACUGUCAGAUUUUACUCCGUAGAAACUAUUACUUUAUUUAGCGCAACAUUUAAAUAGACACUCUAUUCGUUAACCAGGCUGCCAUAUUAAAAUUCCCGCAGUGUGUCAUUAUGUCCGAACCAUCCGAACAUGCGAAAAUGACGUAAAUGGAGAUGCGCAGAACACCUAGUUCCCUAACAAUGGCUGUGACACAAUUAACAACUGGAAAUCCCCCUUUUAUAUUCCAAGUUCGCCAAAUAAAAACAUUACAUAAAAA